UCCGGGACUGAUAGGCGCGCAGAGCGACAUGGCUUCCCGCCCUUUCCCGCCUUCGGCGUGGCGGCGGGGAAAGAGGGCGGUUCGACCUUUAGAGGUGGAAGGAGUUCUGAGGAGGGAGUGUGUUGUGUCAGUAAUGUUAUAGACUCUCCUAUCCAAGGCAUUCCAUCUACUCUUGCUUUUGCUGCUCCCAACAAGACUGUGGACUUGUUUGAGAUGAUUGAAAAAAUGCAGGGGAGUCGUCUGGAUGAACAAAGAUGUUCCCUUCCAGCUCCUCUCAAGACAGAAGAAGAGUAUAUUCCUUACCCGAGCAUCCAUGAGGUAUUACAGAAAGGGUGGCCAUAUCCUCUCAUUAUCUUACCCCAGUUUGGGGGCUACUGGAUUGAAGGGACAAGCCACAACCUCUCCAGUCCAACUCUCUCUGAUGUACCCUUUCCCUGGAGUGUUAAGGUGAAACUGGAGAGUGACCCCACAGCCAAGCUAUACCGCAAGCAUUUCCUAGGGAAGGAGCACCAGAACUUUUAUUCCAGUGAUGUGUCCUUGGGCUACUUGAUACUUUCUGUGAAGUAUGAACAGUCUGAGAAACAGGAAAAUCUACGCUUGUUGCUGAGGACACGAUCUGGUACCAAACAUGAUCUGAUCCCCAUUUCCUGUCUGAAUGAAUUUCCCAAUGCUGUCCAGAUGGCAAAGCUACUGUGUGAAGAUGUGAAUGUUGAACGCUUCUUUCCUGUCCUCUAUCCCAAGGCUUCACAGCUUAUUGUAGCAUUUGAUGAACAUGUUAUAAGCAAUAACUUCAAAUUUGGGGUAAUCUACCAGAAACCUGGACAGACAACUGAAGAAGAAGUCUUCAGUAACACAGAAGAGAGUCUGGGUUUCCUGGAGUUCUUAGAUUUCCUUGGUGACAAGAUUCAGCUGCAGGAUUUCCGUGGGUUCCGGGGAGGUUUGGAUGUCAUUAGAGGUCAAACAGGCACUGAAUCAGUUUAUACGAAUUUCCGGGGCAAAGAGAUCAUGUUUCAUGUGUCUACAAAACUGCCCUUCGCAGAAGGAGAUUCCCAACAGCUUCAGCGGAAGCGUCACAUUGGGAACGACAUUGUAGCCAUCAUCUUCCAGGAUGAAAGCACACCUUUUGUGCCUGAUAUGAUUGCUUCUAAUUUCCUACAUGCAUACGUGGUAGUUCAGCUCACUCACAGCAGUUGUGGGGAGACCCUCUACAAGGUUUCAGUCACAGCACGAGAUGAUGUGCCCUUCUUUGGACCUUCUCUACCAAAUCCAGCCAUAUUUAGAAAGAGUACAGAGUUUCGUGAAUUCCUUCUGGUCAAGCUCAUCAAUGCUGAAUACAGCUGCUAUCGAGCUGAAAAAUUUGCUAAAUUAAAGGAGAGAACACGAAGUGCCCUCUUGGAGAGUCUUUUUGAGGAGCUGCAGUUUCGCAGCCGCUGUAUGAUGGGAUUGCCCAUAGAAGAAGAUGACAAGACAGAGAAUGGCAGUGGGGGCUUCUUUGAGAAUUUCAAGCGGGUGAUCAGAGGCCGCAGCCAGAGCCUGGAUACCAUGGGGAUAUCUAUGAGAAAACAGCAGCCAGCCACCAUGCCCAGCCGCCCGACGACAGCUGGCCUUGCUCUGAGCCAGAGUGUUGCCGAGGGCCCUAAGGCCAUUGCUGCGUCUUUUGCCUUGCCUGGUAGGAGCCCAUCACGUACUCGAACCAGCCGUUUCCAUGGGCGACGGAGUAGUGCCAUUGGCAUUGAGAACAUACAGGAGGAGAAGAGCAGAGACAUUGCAGAGAGGGUACAGAAGAUGGUAGACUGUCCAGAAACUUUGCUUGACCUGAAAUCUGAUGGUUCAUCCAGUCCCAGCUCCCCAGAGUUCCCCAGCAGGAAGAGCAAACACAUCUGAGUGGGGACAUCAAGCCAAUCAGGAGUGGACCGGAUGCUACUAAUUGUUUACCUCACUGAAGAUACUGGCAAGACUUUUUGGGUGAAAUGAGAGUACUGGCUAAGAGGAGCAUGAACUUAGAGGACCUCAAGGACUGUGGAAAGACCAAGUGACACCACAUAAUGCUCCACUGGCAGUCCCUGGAGCAGCAAUCAUGGAGAGGAAGAAGGACGAAAUUAGGAAGGAAGAAAUUAUUUUGGAGCAUUUUGACUCUAGGCUCUUCCCACUGUCCAAUCAGCAGUCACUGAAUCAGACUCUACAAAUGCUGGGGGAAAGGAGGCUACCUUGAGCACCUCCUCUUCCCUUAGACUUAUUCAGAAAGAGAAUUAAGUCAAAAGCAGAACACAUUUCCACCUCUGUCUCUAGUAAGCACUAGAGAUGGAUGACCUAGUUUGGGAAAUGCAAUCCAAAGAAAGAGAAUGAAGAAAUCUGCUGAGGAAGGGUGCUAAGAAGGUGAUACUUAGUGGAAAUUUAGGUCCCAGCUCAUUUUAUUGAUUGGCUCUGCCAAGGGAGAAGUAUGUUAGCCUUCAUUUCCUCCAAAAUAUAUUUUGUAGCCUCAUGAGGAAAUAUCUUUGGCCUGUAUUGGCCUUGCCUUUACUGUUCUCCCUAUUGCAUGCUGGCAUGUAAUAUGCCUGGGGCUUUAGGUUUCAAUACUGCUUGUAGGUCGAGACCGGCCGUGUUUUGCAGUAUUUCUGA